AUGGAGGAAUGGGGCUUGAAAUUACAGAGUUUCAGAGAGAUGAAGCUUGCUCUCUGGAUGUGUGUUGUAGCUAGUGGUGAAGUAGUGGGUGUGGUUGUGUUUAAUGGGUAUGAGGUACCUUCUUUUAUAGCCGCUGAAAGCUCCUCCUUCCCAAGGAACCCUAGUUGGUUAUCUCCAAUUUUGCUAAGUCUUCUCCUCCAUUUCUCUUCUCUUCCUUUGAUUCAACCUUUUUUGUGA